AAAUUACUCUGAAGAAAUGGAUCCACUGGUUUUUUUCAGAAGGUUCUGGUUAUACAAGGAAACAGUGUUGCAUGUAUUAUUGCAAAUAGAUGAUCUCAUUCUAAGACAAAUAUCUAUAUGAAUGCAUUCAUUUUAGGAAUCACAGCAUUUCACCAAUGAAUCAGCUUCUAUGCUGCUUAAGGUACUAUGCCAGUGCAGGUCAUAUUAGGCAAACUGCUUAUUUUAUAGGAAUGCAUGCAAGCACAGCCUGCAGAAUUGUUGGAAGGGUAUUAAGAACUAUAGCCAGCUUAUUCCCAAGUUAUGUCCAAAAUCAAUUAUUUAAUUGUAACACAGGAUAUUGAAAUGCCUACAAUUAAGAAUCACAAUGUCAAUACUGCAAGAAUAAAUGAUUAAUUGUUUUGGAAAUUUUUGAAUGUUUCUUUUUCUCGAGCUAUAAUGCGAGG